UAAUGACCUUCCUCUCGCCGUACAGAGGAAGUCAAGCGAGGCCAUCCAAACCAAAACAGACUUACUUUGCAAGACCCUGAUUGGAGUGCUUUGGUAGAUCAUUUGUGAACGCUCAGUUGUUUGCCACAAAGACAGCAUGGUGCAAGAUCGGGUUAAAAAUGCAAAACAAAAAAAAACAAGCAAUAAGCAAAAAAAGAAACACAACGGCGAACUCAUUCGAAAUUCGAGGCUGAACAUGUUCGAUUCUGUACGGUCAGUUUCAAGCGCUUCGCUUUCGCAUGUUGAAAGUUCUUCUGGUGGCGAUGAAACAGGUAAGUGGAAAUAUUUCUGUUCUUGAAGAACAUAUUCUUCAUUGUGACUAAGAAUCUGCUUUUAAUGAUCGCCAUGUGAAAUCUUCCAACGUUGGAUAUUUGUAAUUGUGUAUGCUCGGCGAGUCUAAGAACUUUUCAUACUUUAAUUGAAAAUUUUGAAUCUUAGAAUUUGACGUCGAUGAAGAAUUGCCAGACGAUGAAGAAAUCGAACGAAGAUUUUCCCAUUUAUUGGUAAGAUCAUGAUUUCAAAGUUUUAAAAUUUUAAUUGUUCCUACAAGGAAUUCAAUGAGUCAGGCUGCUUUGUAUUUAUGGGCCGCCAGGAUAUAAACAAACCAUGAUUACAAAGCUAACUUUUACUUUCUUCAAUCUGUUUUGCACAUAGGAAAAGAUGACUCUUCCUCCGGAAAGAGCGGUAGAGCUCGCAAAAAGCCCAAAGGCUAACAAAUGGAAAAUGAUAAAAGCGAAGGCAAGUUUGUUUUCGUGACGGACACAGCUAUCGAUCUACUUGACAGCCUUGUUGCAGUCGAGAGUUCUCUGUGUCAAAGUAUUUGACCGGGUAUUUGAAUGGAGUUGAGUUUUAAAAUAAAUUAACUAAUGUAUAUUUGGGGAUGUAUGUUAGAAAACGUUGCAAAGAUUGUAGAAUAUUCGUAUUAAUUUUUCUCCCACGUAGGAAAGCUCUUUCGUAUCAAUAGCAACUACGUCAAUGAAGGGACAUUCACAUUGAUGAGUGUCUAACAUUAAUUUUUAAUUAAUCCCUUGUCACUUGAAAGAAUGACCUUACAAUAGAGUUGAUUCCUUGCAUUAUUUAACGACUUCUUUCCCACGACCACAAGAUCCCACAUUUGAAGUUAAAAGCCAAAGUUGUAGAGUUUUAAUCUAGCAAAAAUGCCUUGAAUGCACUGAAUGCACGGAGAUUAGACUUGCAGUACACGAAACUAAAACUUAAGUGGAGUGAAAGUGUCUAUUUAUAGCCUGUGAAAAUUUUGACAAUUAGCAUGUCUGCAGGUGGGAAAUAAUAAAACAGCUCAAAACAAACUCUUCAAGUUAUUCAGUCUAGAAAGAACAGGUUGACACCAAGACAACCUCUCACCAUCUUGUUAUUUAUUUCCUACUUUAAUUUUUUUUUUUUGGAAAAAUUUUCUCGGGUCACCUGAAACUGACGUUGAAGUUACAGUUUUUUUCUGUCCUUUAAUCCUUUUUUUGAACGUGGUUUGUGGUUAUUUCAAGAAAGGAAUUUGGAUACUUGUUUGUUAUUUUUGAUGCACCUCAAAUGGAGAACUCUGCUCAAACUUUAGAAGCAGUUGCUUCUGAAUUUGUCAAUUCUAACACUGACAACUCUGGGGCAAACCCUGAAAAGGCUGAAGAUGUUAGUAUUGAGCUUAGAAUAAUUAUUCUACGAGCAACUUGAAUUCAAUUCAUAGACUGUGAAUACUUCAGUAGGAUAAUAACUUGCACUGAAUUUUGUGCAGGCUCGCUGUUUAUAACAAAAAUUCACUCAUACUAUUUACAGCACAAUAUGAAUUGGACCAGUGAUUACUUGACACAGUGUUUAUUUUGCGGUUCAUAGCAUGGCUCAGAUUGAGCUAAGUAUCAGAAACAAAAUCUUUUCAAAAGCUGUGGUCUGCUUACAGAUAGAGCCCCAAUUCAGGCUGAUCUAAACGGAUGUUCAAGUAUUUUAAAAUUUGCCAUCAUUUUUCAAAAUUAGAUAAUAGUGUUUCUUUUGUCACGACAAAGACAAAACCGAGUAAUGCUUUUCAUUUGUAAAUGGCUCAAUUAAGUUUCACAUAAAUGCAAGGUUAAAAUAGAAGUUAUGUCGGUUUAAUUUGUAGUGCUGCGAGACUGGGUCAGGUAUUUUUGGUCAUCUAAAAUCAAUCAUAGAGAUCUCAAUUAAGUAAUGUCAGCGUUAUUAUUGAUAAGCUAAUAAGCUUUUUAUAAAUAGCUAUUUCCAAUCUUUUUAAAACCUUUCCAUGGAAAAGUGCCAAACAAUAAUUAAUGAAACAGGAAACAAACUAAUAAUAAAAUAUUGCACCCUCAUAAAUGUCCAAACUUACAGCCAUGUGUAAUUUGUAACUUUUAUCUAUAGAUAGAAAAAAUGAUAUUAAGAAUUAUCUGGAGGUAUUCAGAAGAAGAUGCUUGUGCUGUCACACAGCACUCAGUCUAGUUGCCAGCUGUCGUCCCAUGCACUGUUCAUCCAGAUAAAAGUUAAUUUCUAUAAGUUGUUUCAGUUAGUAAUUUUGGCAGAUUUUCUAACAAUUUUGGGUACGGUGCUAGUCCUUAUUAAAAAUGACAUUGAAACUGUCUUUCUGACCUGACUGACCAAAAUAAAUUAUAUUAUUUAUUUGUAACAUUUUUAUAAUUUAUUUUUUUGGUCAAAAUGCCUGGCCCUCGAGAAAAAAAAGGGGUCUUUUUCUUACUUCUGUAUUAAAAUAUUAUUGACUACCGGUACAUAUUGGCCAGUCUGGAAUUUAUAGACACACUCAGGCAGCUAAGAAACCUUGCUUUUAGUACUGUUGCUUUUAAUGUAAGCACAUAAUUUGGGUCAUGUACACCAUCCUCAGGUAUUGAGAGUCAAAGUGAAAUUCAGUUCUUUGGAGAGGUGUGACACCCUUUUAACCCUUCAAGCCCCAAGAAUGAUCAGCAUCAAAUUUCUCUUUGUAAUAUCAACGCUUUGUAAAACAGAGUGGUCAUGAGAAUAACAGACAUGAUCACAGAAGAUGAAUUUGCUUGAUAUUUUAUCAACUUCUCCUCACUGCUUCUGUAGGAAAUGAAUGGGGGCAACAAAUGAGAAUUCAAAUUUUGAUCUAAGGGUUUAAAGGGUUAACCCUUAAUCAAGUCUCAAGACUAACCAACAUCAAUUUUCUGAGAACAAUAUCAGUACAAAAUCAAGAAAAAAGGUUAUGAAGAUUAAGAAAAGGAGCAUCCAAGUGAAAAUGCUUUGAUCUUUAAAUAAAUUCUCUCAUUAGUUCUGCAAGGAAAUAUAUUGAGAUCAGCAUGGAGAGUUUGUAUGUGGAUGUUGGGGCUUAAGGGUCUAAAAGGAAAAGAAAAUUAAUGUGAGACCCAAUCAAUGAUUUUGUCACAAAUAGUUAUGGUGAGUCCUGAGACUCAUCAUGUGAAAAAUCAUGAGUCCCUGUCAAUAAACAUUGAGUCUCAGUUAAAAAAAACAUAAGGAGUCCUAAAUAGAAAUGCUUGGGCCUUUAUGUAACGAGACAGUUAAUCUGGAGACAGACGGCAAAACUCUUCAUUACAGUUUACGGAAAUUAAUGCCAACAUGGGCAAAAAUGAUACCCUAUUUAAGGAUCAAGACUCUCAAAAAACAGACCCUAUUGGGGGGGGGGGGAACAUACCUGUCUGUACAAUAUACAGGGGUGGGAGCACCCCCCAGGUACCACCCCCCUGGGUAAAGGGCUUGAUUGGCAGUCUCUGUUUGAGAAAUGAGACUGUGCUUCUCCCAGGAAAAGACAUUCUUCUCUGGGAGGAAAAAGACUGGACCCAAGAGAGCGGCAGACAUUAAGCCUAAAGCAACAUUUGGUAUUUUCUUGCUGAGCCCUCUUUUACCAGUCGAAAAUUUACCUUGAGCGUACAUGUAUGGUGUCUUUGAAGUAAUUUUUGAAAAGAGGUGCAUAUUAUGUGUAGAAUGUUAUGUUGUCUCCAAAUAAUAUUACAGAUAUUUUGAAUAUGUUUGCAGGAAUUGAUGCAACCCAAGUAUUCAUCAGGCUUCUAUAUUGAACAGUUAAAAACCCACAGAGACAUCAACCUGGGCAAGUUUGCUGCUGCAGAAAAGAAAAGGCUCCUCAAAGGUUUGGAGCCUGUUGAGAUGAUACUUAGGUCAUUAGAAGUUGACCUUCGGACACAUCCAAAUACCACGUAAGCAUUAAUUGAAUGUUUGUUCAUGCAGGCAUUACCGAAAAGAAAGAUUAAAAUAUACAGUAAUGUACAGAACAAAAUAUACAGAACCUCCAUUAAUCAGCCACUUAGCUAUUAAACAGCCAGUAAUCAAACUACCAAAAUACUAAUUGCAGAUAAACCUCUAUUAAUUUAAAGCAGCCGCCUCCAUUAAGCAGCAAUUGCCACCUUCUCACCCUCCCGACAAUCAAGCACUUGAUUAUCUUAGUUGGGCUUUAUUUUAAGAAGAUGAUGACAGAAAAUACAGUCCGAGGUAGAAGGUGAUUAGUGAUUGUUCGACCAGUAUUGCCGCUCCCUUCCCAAGUUUGUUUCAAAAUAAAGUGAUGUUUCUGCUAAAGAUUAUGCUGACUAAAGACGUCUAGCUACUUAAUACUAUUGAGCGACUAACUUCAGACCUAUUGAUCAACUAUCUUAAGACCUCUAUGAAGCAACUAGCCAGCCCCACUAGAGAGGAUGAGCCACUUGCUGGAACCACAAGGGUCGCUGCUUAAUGGAGAUUCAAUUGUAGUUUAUGUGUACCUUCCAGAAGGCCUAGUGCCAGAUUUGUGCAUGUACCUCCCUGCAAACAAUAUGGCCAAGGUUUUUUUUUUCUGAAGGUAUAUAAGGCCAUUUAGUUUAAACUGGCUUGAGUUUGACUUGUCAUUGGUUUCUUACGUCAAGGGCACUCAACAAUGGUUUCCUCCUAAAUACAUUGAAAACACUUGUAGGCUAUCCAGGGUACUUUUAGAUCUCUAGAAAUGCAUUCAAAACGGGGCUAUGAAAUUUGUAACUGUUCGGUCAUCCUUAUGGCAGCUUGAGUCUUUUCAAAAUUAGAAGGUCUUUGGUAUUAUAUUCCGGGAAAUUUGUUUUGUUGAUGGCAAUGUGCAGACACAAUACUAAUAGUACAUUAAGUUUUUCUCCCCAAAACUUUAUAGUGUCUUCUUUCACUUUCCACUUUGAUCACCUGUAAAUCAAGUCAGCUGAGCUGUAACAGGUGUUAUGGGUUAUGGCCCUUAAUGGCAGCUCUUCAUGCACGUAUAAUUUGGUGUAUGCGAUGUUUUUCUGUUAGCUGGCUGCGUGAGUUUGUAGAUGAUCCUUAUAGAGGCCAUGUUGCUCUGGUUGAGUUCCUUCAAUAUCUACAUCUACACCAACCAUCUCCAGAAGUUGAUGACGUUCCAAAGAGGAAAGGCAAACCUGAUGUUUUGUCCAGAGACUUUGUAAGUAUGGUUAAAUACCUUCAUUUAAACAAAAGACCCUUCCACGGUAUUUUUAAGUCUUGACAAAGAACAGUAAGUAAAAUUUCAUUGACACUGGUGGGACGAGCACAUUGGAAUUAGAAAACGUACCAAGUUUAAAAGUGAUACCUCCAAAACGAGCGAAGCAUUGCUCCACAACGUCGCGACUCUGCAAAUCUAUAUCUUCGUUAGUUUUCAACAUGCAAAUCACUUUCAAUCUUUGCAACUUCACUGAUUUUAAGACGUUCUUUCCAGCCUUGUUUUUCGCUAACUAGUCCCAGUCGAAAGUUGAAAAAAAGCCUUGUAAGGGUCUAUUUAUAGGUGCCUGUGAGUGGACUAAGAUGCGGGGUGUACACUUACUAACCCUGUCAGGAUGUGCAGCAUGCUUCCUGAGCCCUUCCCCUAUUUUAAACUAAGAUCUGUGAUAUUUAUACUCUAUUUCAGCCCUAAACUGCUGUUCUCAGGAGACUAGUGGUAAAAAAAAGCCAAAAAAAUAGACCUACUUUGCAGCGUUUCCUUUUCCUACAACCUAGAAUUUAAUUGUUUAAUGUUUAUGCAGCAUUUCAACCAGACUGAUGGUUUGUGUAAUAGGGUAAGCACCCUUGCCGCCAUGGCAUAUCCCUUUAAAAUCUACAGUGUGUCAGAGGAUUCUUACGCGCGGGCCUGUACAAAUGAAAGCAGAAGGCUCGUUUUCAAGGGAAGGGAUGGAAGACUGUUCAUCAGGCAAAGCGUUCCACAGUCUUACACUACUGACGCUAAAAGACUUCAGAUUAGCUCAAAUUAAAUUCUUAGGGCAGAUUUUAUAAACCUAAACGCUCGUCCCUAUUUUCUUAUGUGGUACUGACUAAUUUUUUGUGAUUUUUCACUUCUAGGUUGAUGAGCAUUUGUGUCUCAUGUGUUUGAGAGUUUUAAUGAGAAACAAGGUAAUGGCAUUUAAAAUUUAAAAACAAAAGUAAAUAGAUAAAACGAAUGAGAUCUAUGUCUUAUAGCUCAGCUAGUAAUGGACAUGCACGAGUGAAGCCAGCCUGUGUCAGUAAGCUUUCGGAAUUUUUAACAGUGCAUGACGUUCGCGCUCUUAGAGUCUUUUCACUAUUUUGGCAAGCCGUUAUAGUCCAAAUAACUUCCUUAAAAAGUUAGAAAAAUGUAGACCUGGUUUUUUCCCCUGUAGUAUGAAAACACUCUAAAUUAAAAGAUCUCACGAUACUACGACGGGACCGCAACCAGAAUGCCAAAAAACAAAAGAACAAUAGAUUAGUGUGGAAAACAACAACUCUGGACGUACUACAGUGGAACCUCGAUAUAAUGAAACUAUAUAACGAAGUCCUCGAUUUAACGAACGAUUUUCUUUACCCCAGUAAUAGUAAAAUAUAUAAAAGGAACCUCGAUAUAACGAAACCUCGUUAUAGCGAACAAAUUUAGCCACUCCCUUGGCACUUCGUUAUAUCGAGGGUUUAUUGUAUGAGGUGAAAUGACCAAACAAUUUUUAGUUUUCUUAAGAACCUGAACGACAACCGGUAAGGCGAUAAAUUCUUCGGUAUCUACAUUCAGCUCUGAGCAGGGAUCCUCAGCUCUAAGUUGAAUUUCCCGACGUUAAGGCUAUGUACACACGAUACCAGAUACUCACUGCCUCUCUUGGCGCCACGAAAAGCCAUCCUGUACAGUAUGAACAGCUAUCCGAUAUGUGACUCUCCACUUAAUUAGAGAUCGGUGCGGGGCAGCUUCGCUCUGUCACAGAGAUGGCGCCGCUUCAACUGUUUUUGUGUGUGUGAACAGAAGCCCUACCCGGUAUGAUUUUCGUGGCCGCGCGAACGCUAUCCGGGAUAGUGUGAACAUAGCCUUAACUUACAUGUAAUCACAAACGAGUGGGAAUUGAGGUAAAAAGGUGUGAAAGACAAGAAGUCAAUUUCUAAGCAGCAACACCUAGGAGAAAAGCAUAUUGUUUCAGUGAUUUUGUUACCUCUUCGUCCUGCGUCCCUGAUGCAUGAAAAUCCCCAAAGACGCAAAAUAAUUCAUGGCAUGCGUCCGCAAAGAUCGAUCAAUCGAUCUGCACAUGUGUAUCUGCGGCAGAUAUUAUGGCUGUUGUUCAACGAUGCGUAUUCUUUUAGCCUUUGUUGUGCUUAAGGACUAUAUUUUAAUCUCAGUGUACUGUAAUACAGAGUUUUGGAGUCUGUCUUCAGAUUAACUGUCUGGUUACAUCAGGGUUGUCACUAAGAUUUCAAGUUGCCGGGUAAAUACAACAAGUAGGCGGGGAAUCAAAGGGCUAGGGAUUUCUUUUGGAUCUAUUUUUCUUCUAUUUUCUAAUAAAAGUAGCCGGGGGCCACUCUCUUUAGUAGCCGGGGAAAAUCCCCGGCCCCCGGCUCUUAAUGACAACCCUGUUACAUUAAGGCCCAACAUUUUCUAUUUGGGACUGGUUUUUUUUUAACUGGGACUCAUUGGGUCUGGACUGGGACUAAUGAUUUUUCACAAGAUGAGUCCCAUGACUCACCAUAACUAUUUGUAACAAAAUCACUGUUGUUUUGAGGAAUUUGAUCCUGCACAAAAAAAAAAAACGUUUUCAUUGGCGUCGCCAUUGUUGUAGGGUAAGGACCUUAAUUUUACCGGUGACUUGACUGUUGUGUAACCUUUUUUUUUUUCACAGUAUGGUUUUCAAUCAGUUAUGGGUGUUGAGGAAUCUCUCAAAGCUAUCAUUCUGUGUUUGAAAAUUGACAGUCUAAAAACGCAAGCAUUGGUAGUCAAGGUAAGUGCAUUCUUAACGAUUUACAGUUUCUGGGGCAUGAAAAUUAUCUUCACAAUGCAUAAAGACCAUAUUACGACACUGAUAGUAGCGGCAGUGCCGUAGGGAUUAUGUGAAAAGCUUCUUUUCUGACAAGUUGUAUUAAGAAUUUUAGGAGCAGUGUUAUUAUCAUCGUGAUAGUACUAAAAACUAGUUUUGUUUUUAGGAAUAAUAUUAACUGCGCAUUUAUUAUGCCGGACAUUUUUCUGGUACUCUAUGAGUCAAUUUAACAAAGCUUUUACAAGUGCAAUAUACAAGUUUGGCUGUUGCUUUCAAACUCUGAUAUCCAUUUAGAGUCAUUUUACGGUACUUAACCUUACCUUGCCUCCGGUUCGCGCUCCGUUGCGCAUAAAGCCUCCACAGAGUCACUUCUUCUCCACUGCUAUCUUAGAAAGUGUGUCUGGUUUCAGCAAUGACAGAGUCUUUUAAAGAGCGAUAGAUUGUUUGUAGACCUGUUUUUCUCAUUAAUGCUUGCUUAAUAUCUUUCAUUUAGAUGCUAGCACAGGCCUGUAUGCAGUCUGAGUACUACGAUAAAGUUGUUGAUGCAGUGAGGUUUUACUCCAGAAUGGCCAGAGAGGUGCGGCCGUUUGAAACUCUUGUGAAUUUGAUGUACCAGAGACCCAUUUCACCGCAGUUCCAGGUAAACGACGGUUGGGACUGAGCCAAGUUCAUUAUUUAUCAGCCUAUUCCCUAGGCAUUCUCUCUUGCCCCGUUGUCCGCGCGAAAUCUGGGGAAGGUAGGCGAGUUUCUCUCGGUGACGUCAGAGCUCAGUUUUGACCGAGCCCAAAUCAUCUAGGGUCGAGGGUCGUAUUGGGACAGAAAAACAAAGGUCUCACAUCGUAAAACGGUAAUUUCCUUUGUUUCUCUUGUCCCAGCAGUGCCGUUUGGCAUCACCUGAAUGUUAGGGAACGUCAAAAAGCACAACAACAACUCUGUUUGUGCAUCACGCAUUUUUGUAAAUUGCUUUGCCGUCCCAGCAAAAGUGCGACGUGGAAUGACCACAUUCUAAGUUGACUUGAGAACGGGAACGGCAAGGCAAUAAAUUCUGCCAUCUUUGUAUGAACUCCGGCGCUGUUCCCUCUCUUCAGCUGCAGCUUAAAUUUCCUUCUUCUAAGUAACUAGGUGACUUGGGAUAGGCGCAAGAAAGUUUGAAAGGCUGCGAAGUCUGUUUUCAGCGACCUUUCAUUGGCGUCGCCAUUGUCGGAUCGUAAGGUCCCUAAUUUGACUAGCUGCAACAGGGCCAGGGUUUGCACGCACCUUGAAAGUCCUUGAGAAUUGCAAUUGGUGCUGGAAAUUCCUGUGAUUUCUGUGCAUGCUAACGUUAUUCCAAACCAGACAGUUCUGAAGAGCCUUAAAGGAGCAAAUACAGAACGACCUUCAGGAUAAAAUUGCUCCUGAUGUGAUGAUGUGGAAGAGCUAAAAAAGACAGACUCAAGGCUCUUUUUUCACUAAAUAGAGUGCUUGAAAAAUGGUAUAUGUGUCCUUGAAAGUCCUUGAAUUUUUUGUUCAAAAAAGGGUACGAACCUUAAAGGGCCUAUUGCAUUCGUUUUCUCUUUCAGACGCUGUGCUUGAUUUUCUUCAACUCUCUAUUGAGUAUCACACCGACUUUUAACAAGAAAGUUUUUCAUCAGCAAGAGAUUGAAAAUGCAGGGUUUGAUGUGGAACGAACAGAAAGGGUAAGAUGGAAUUGUACUUCAAAGCCAUGUUCAUACAGCAAGUGUGGCAAUUCCCAAGGGAAAAACGUAUUUGCUCGGAUUUUGGGUGCAGGACUUGACAAAUUUUCUGUGGAAAAUUCUUCUCCGUUAGCUACAGAAGGAUUUCAAACAACAGUGGACCAACGCUAGGGUGGUGUGUCGGAAGUUAAAAAUCUUGGAAAUCGUCGUCAACGUUCAUGUGACGUGGCCAGGAAAAUUGGCUUCAAGUGUUUUGGGCUACGAUGUUGGUCACAUUGAAUUUUUUGGGCCAGUUUUCUCCUCCACGCGAAAUAUAAGUUGUCUUUCCGUGUAGAAACCGCCUUAGUUAGACAAAGAGUAGUCUUUUUUUUCUUUGUCCGUCGAGCGAAACGCGUGAGAGAUGGAAAUGAAAAAAGAGAGACUGAUAGCCUGUGUACAGACCCCCCCUCCCCUCAAGAAAAAAAACGGAGAAAUCGAGUUUUCCCGAGGGGAGGAGGGGGUCUGUACUCAGGCCAAGAGACUGCUCGCGGUCUACGCUGUAAUAGGAAAAAAAAAAAAAACAAAAACUAGUCAGUGGUUUUCAGAGUGAAUUUUGAAAUGCUCAUGUACUUUCCUGUUUUUGUUACUGGUAAAUUGGGUAGGAUCAGUGCAUGUGUUUUGAAAGACUGUGCUUAAUUCCUUGAUCGUUCUUUCCUUAAAAAUUACGUGUCAUCUAGAAUUACCUACAUUCAGAAUUUCUCUUGUGUUCCAUCAUUCUCAUUCCAAAAAGUCCAAAAAGUAAAUCCAAUUUUUGUUCUUCUAUCCGACUGCAGACCUUGGAAGGCCUGGAAGCAUCAUCAGUACGAGAUGCGUUGAAAACGUGGCAGGACAAUUAUGUUAAUGUUCAAGGGGUUAUGGAUGAAUUUGUUAGCCUUCGAGAGAGAACCAAGUACCUUCGAGAUGAGGUGAGGGUUUUUUCUUUUUUGCCUUGCAGCCCCUAACCAAAUAAAAAGAAACAACCUUCAUGCACUGAAUUUCAGUUAAAACCCUUAGUUUCACGUGUUGUGGAGUUGAGGAGAAAGCAAUGUCCAUGUCGCUUUUCCACUAUGGAGUUUGCGCUUGUUUUCCUCGCUGCGCACUUUCAACCAAUCUUUGUGUCGUCUGUGUGUCGUUUUUGCCAAAUGCUAGAGACAAAAUACAGUGGAACCUCGUUCUAAUGAAGGGCCAGUGGACUGACGAAAUAAUUAUGUUCUCUAUUAGGAGGUUUCGUUAUAUCGAGGUUUUUUAUAGAUAGAUAGAUAUAGAUAGAUAGAUGCUUGUUUUUGCUUUAUAUUUAUUCUCUCGCGAACUGACUUCCGGUGAGUCUGGUUGUUCACUUUGUUCAGGGCCUUCGUCCAUCGGACUCAGUUUGGGUGUAUUGGACAACCCUCUGACUGAAUUGCUGGGUAGGCCAGCAAUAAGCAUACACAAUUACACAAUAUGUUGAUGUUUGACAGUAGCAAAAUCAGUUAGUCUAUUAGACUAGUAUUAGUCCGACCAAGUCUCGGAUUGCGGGAACGAAGAGAGUAUUUACACUCAUGGUCCUUAGGAGAAGGGGGGAGGAUAUUGCCGCGCAUUUAUGAUGAACCUCUGACAGGCAGCAACUCGCCUGCCGUUAACUGUGUCAAGGCUUGCCACGGCCAUGGCAUCAGCAAACUCUGCCUUGCCAAAAAUUAUCCUCAGGGCUUUCCUGAAAGUAUUUUAGUAUAACUCGGGUGAAGGAAAUCGUUAUAUAGAAGUUCGUUAAAUCGAGGUUCCACGGUUUUUAUGUUGUAUCACGAGGAAGUGCUGCCAGAGGUCAUUUGUGUUUGAAAUUUUAAACAAGGAACGCGCUUGUUUUCCUUGCUGCGCACUUUCAAGCAAUCUUUGUUUCAUUUGUCGCCAAAUGCAGAAGAUAAUAUGGCACGUUGCAUCACGAGGAAGUACGAUACACUGGAACCUAUUAACCCUGAAAGCCCCUAUAUCCACGUAUUACUGUCAAUUCUCCAGACUGAUCUCUACACAUUUCCGUAACGAAUAAGUUGAAAGAAUUUCAUACUACAGCUAACAGGGCUGUGCUCUAGCAGAACCCGGUGGCCCCUUGGCGCCCAACCUUUGCUCCCGGUGACUAGAAAAUCUUAGAUUUUUGAUACAAAUCACAUGCUUGGCAACGAAGGUUUCACAGGUUAAGACCACUGAGCUCCCUUUAAAUUUCCUUAGAGCACAGCCUUGGAUAAUCCCAUUUCCCUUAGCCGGUUGGGUGAUCAUUUGAUAAUUUCUCAUAACCUUUUGUCUUGAUUAUGUGUUGAUGUUACUAACAGUAAAACCCUGAGACUAAGAACCUGCAUUUUGCCAAGUUAGCCUAAACAGGUUCUGAUAUAACUGGUAAUUAGCACAAUUUUAGGCUAUUUAAGCUCUUAAACAGGUUCUUAUUUUCUGAAGAAAAAUACGUGGUUGCUAAGAGUAUUUAGUGGUAUUCAGCUCAUUCCUUAGGUAAAACCUGUAUACCAUUACAUUUGCAGUUGGAGUUAUAAGGCAUCUAUGUCUCCAAAGAGGAUCCUGAACGUUGAGUUAUCUUAUUUGCCCAAGUGUACAUAAUUUCUUUAUAGAUUUUAGAAAGUAGGAACCUGUUUCAAAUUUUAGGCGGAACAAGUUCUUGUAUAGAUGUAUGGAGGGGGCCUAACUGGCAAAUUUAGCCUAACAGGUUCUUUGUCGCGGAUUUUUACUGUAUUGGGAGAAACCUGAUGUUGGACAUUUUUAAGACUCAGAGUGUUAUUAUACCGCACAAACCUUAGGGUGCCUGUGUUUCAGUGCCUGCUCAAAAUCGUGACAAGAGCGUUUUCUUUGCCUCAAUAGGUUGAUCUUUUACAGACCAAACUUGAGGUAAGUCUGUUUUACCAUCCGUUUAAAAUUUAAACUAAGUUCUCUUAAUUCGUUAAAACACGCCUUGUUACAACAACGGCAGUAGUCUUAAUAAGGCAAUUUUAAACACAUUUCUCGUCGUCUUAUUUUACGAGACGUUUUUAUCCUUCUCUUCAUUAUCAGGAGCUGGAAAAGGAGAACAUAAGACUUAAGAAAACAAACACAGAGGUAUGUAUUUUGACCAUAUAGUAAAACUGGAAUCUAUUAAUCCUUGAUGUAUCGAGAAUUGAAUUUCUAAAUCGAUGUGUUAAGGGGUGUUUGAGUUUCUUUCUUUUGUGCAAGCGUGCUUCUCUGCUAGCCACGAACACUUGAGGUUGUGUUUAAAUAUUCAAUUCUUUCAAUACAAACUGCGGUAUUUAAACUUUUUCAGCUUGGGGAGCGAUCGGAAGAGUACAGACUCAGAUCCACAGAAUUACAGACAACUUUGGAAAAUGUUGUGGUAAGUUUUGUUCAUUUUCACCGUUUCCAUCGUUGCAUGAAGUUGUACGACUUUAAAAAAAGCAUUCCUUCUUGUGCUAAAAUUGCCCGGGAAUUGGCAUAUCCUUUGAACAUGUUCUACGAAGUGGUUAGCUCAAUGAUGUUAUGAGCUUGCAAUUACCGUAUUUAUUCGAUUAACCGCCCUGGGCGCUUAUUAAAUUUUUGGACCUUGAGAGUGGGUGCUUAUUAAUUUUUCACCAUUUUCAGCAAGUGAAGUAUGUUUAUUUUGCAACAAAACAAUAAAUGCUAAUAACAAAACGCGAAGAGGUAACAAAGCAAGGUUUCUGUAAAAUACUCUGAAGAAAACUCCGUCUUUGGGAAAGUCUCUUAUUAGAAUUUAUUCACUCAAGUGGGUGGCGUGGGGGUGAGCGCUUAUUUGAGUUUGAUUAGGGGGAGGAGGGGGUUGGCGCUUAUUAACUUUUUCUGCCUUUAGGAUGGGCGCUUAUUCGAGGUGGGUGCUAAUUCGAGGCUGGGCGCUUAUUCGAAUAAAUACGGUAUUUUGAGUGAAAAAUAAAACAAUCACAGUGGAACGCCCAAGGGACUGGAAAAAUAAGUUCGCUAUUAACGAGGUCAGGUUUCGUCAUGGUAUCGAGGUUCUUUUCCUUACAUUUUACCAUUACUGCAACUUGGGCGAAGAAUAUCGUUCCUUAUACCUAUGACUUCAUUAUAUACAUGUACAUUGGAGGGUCCUUACAUCGUGGUUCCACUGUGUGCGGAUCUUAUCUUCCUAAGCAGUAACACCUUCCUUUUUCUGUUUAAUUCUUCAUAAUAUACUCGGCCUCUUUCAAUAAUUGUUAAGUAUUGCAAUUGUAUUGCUGUCAAUUUAACAGUUAAUUUGAGUUUUUUUGCUUCUUAGAAACACGUCAAGCACGAAGCAGAUCAAGUUGAGAUUCCCCGUGAUCUCAUUACCAGUGUCGCAGAAGCUGCGGCGGCAAUUGUAACACCCCCUGCCCCACCCCCACCGCCUCCGCCACCCGUCCCCCCACCAGCACCAGAUGGUAUGUGUUUAUCAUAUUUGAUACAAUCAAUCACCUUCACUUCACUAACGAUGUUUUCGCUGCUGUGGCCUUCAUGGUUGCUAAAAAUCGUUACUGGAGUGCAAAAUGUGACGUCAAGAAGAUAAGAGGAUUUGGACAAUUACUAGUAAAAGAAAGGAAGAAUUAGAAAGAAAGAAGCAAACGGAUAAUUUUGCGGAUUCUUACGGGAAAAAAGAUUUGAGACACCAUAAGAAUAAAAGAAGUUAAGCGUUUUCUCAGUUUAUUUCGUUCAUCGUUUUCGAUGGGUGAUCUGUUUGCUUCUUUGUUUUCACCAUGUGUCCCAAGGAAAACUCUUCAACCCAUUCUCCCCUAGAAAUUUUGCCAGAAAACGCGUUUUGAAGCUAGCUGAGCGGUUUCGGUCACUGUCUUGCUAAAAAGAAAACCAUUUACAGGUCGUACACUUUGCGGCCUUCUGAUCCAGAUGCAAAAUAUUAGCUUGCGACUUUCGGGCAGGCGCAGAAAGCAAAAAGAUAGUUUUAGGGUUUAAAAGUGACCCAGCCGUCUUGACUUACUUUUUGCUUUCUCUCCUCCCCUCUUCUUUCGUUUUUCUUGCCUCAUUUUUUGUCGUUUGCUGAGCAUGUAGUAUCUUAGGAUUGGAUAAAAGAAAAAGUAGGUGGGUAGUGAAACAAGAUUUUGGUUUUUUGCCUUUUUCUCCGGGCUCUUUCACUGAAUCGUGCUCAUUCUGGUAUGGUUUAAAAGAUCUCUUUACCCUGCGCAAGUUAGCGGACAAAGCUAUCCUAGACCGUUAAAACUGAUGACGUCACAAGCGGUAGAAGGGACGUGGAUCCGCACGGGCGGUUAAGUGCGCUUCAUGGGCGAAAGGGUUAAGAAGAGUCCCUAUUAGAAUAUUGGCUUUAGAGCUAAAAUUUAUUUGUUUCCUUUUUUCCUCUUAUUAUGUCGCUCAGUCAGCAACAAUGAUGGAUGUUUUAUCAUUUACUCUUUCACAGGUCGUUUGAUUCCUCCCCCACCCCCUCCCCCUGAAAUUGGUAAGUUUAUGUAGUGAAUUUUUAAGCAGUAGAAAACGUUUUCCGUGUUUGCAUAGCCUGAUAUAAACACGAGAGGGGUUGGGAGAAUUCGAGACAGUUAUGCAAACCCGAGACGAAGUCGAGGGUUUGCAUAACCGUCGAGAAUUCUACCAACGCCUCGAGUGUUUAUAUCAGGCUAUGCAAACACAGGAAAAAAGUUUUCUAUUGCUUUUAUAAAAUAACUUUCCCGAGAAAAAAACGCAAGACUCUUUGUAUGGCACUUAUUAAAAGAGAAAUUCUUCUCAGUCGUAAAAAUCUUGUCCACGAAGUCUUGCACGCGUAAUCAGUUCUUGUUUUGCAAAAAGAUGCUUUGCAAAAUACGGAUUUUUCUUGCUUAAAAUGUCCGCUUAAGCGAAGAAAAAUUGACUCACCUUCUUUGUAACGAUUUUCCAUGUUUCAGCCGACGAAGGAGUGGGUAAAUAAAGUAAACUUGUCGAGUUUUGAACUCGAAAACUUUUUCAAAUUCGUGCUUGCGUGAUUAGCGCGCGAAAAGCCAAACAACUUGACGCCACAACCAUGUUUACAUACUCUCAUGCAAACACUCCUCUCGGCCAAUCAGAGCGCGCGUACUAUCUUAGUUAUUUUAUAAAUUUUAAUGCAUUUUGAUGAGUUUUCUUCUAAUCCAUUAAAAUUCUGAAAGUGAGUGACAUCUUGUAUAACAAUGGUGUCCUGUUAUCUCAUAAUUCCGAUGCUUUGCUAUCAGUGUUCGCUAAUUCAGUCAACAGAAAAUUGUAAAGCAAAUCCGGUCCGAUUGAAACUACCCCGGAAGUACCUCUGACUUGAACCGAAAUUAGCCGUACCAUUUGAAUAACUGUUUUCAAUGGCAGUAAAUUAGUUAUCUUGCAAAAGUAGACUGCAGAAGGCUUUGGAUAAACGGUUCAACAAAUGGCACAGAAAUUGUACGGGCAUUUUCACUUCCAGAAACUUUUCAUUAGAACGUGUCGUGUUUGAUUUAAUAGUUGAGGUUACACUAGACCUUUUCCCCAAAGUUCCUUUUGGGAAAAUAGCUUUUGAUGGAUUUGCUAGGUUUUAAACACUUUCAUGUUUGAGGUUACACAGCUAAAAAUUGCUCAACGGGAAGAAAAGGACUUGAACCCGGUUUCGCGGGAAACGUCGUUGUACACACUGAAGGCCGACAUAAGUCGUAAACGGUUCCGAACAUUUUUAAUUUUACUCUUUUGCUAAAACCUCCUUAUCAAUCAAGCGUAGCAAGAGCCCUGCCCCCUUACUUUAUUACAGGAAAUUUAAUGCUUUAUGAAGUUAACGCGAAGUGUGCAACUGGCUAUUUCGGCUUUUUUCGUGCAGCUCCACGCGCGAGCGGAGUACCAUGACUAAGAAAAUUAUCUAUUCAUCCGAGAAAGUUUUGUAGUCACGUUACCGUUCGUCUGCCCGUCCGUCCGUCCGUCCACUUACCCUUCCCCUAACCCAAUGGUAACACUGACUUCUCACUUAAGGAGAAAGUUUGGGUUAGUAGAGGGGUAGGUUUGCCUUCCACGGAGGCGUUUUUAGGGUAGUGGGAUUUCUAGACUGAUUACAGUCGCCUAUGUAUUUUCCCGUAGAAUUGUCAUAGUUGAGCGUUAACCGUCACUGACGACUUUAUGCAAUUGGUUUCAACUGUACCAAGGGGGUGGGCUUGUAAAUUGUAAAUAUCCUAUUUUCCACUCCCCUCAGGGCUUUUCAGGGAUAAUUUACAACACUGGCCGUGGGGGGGGGGGGGGGGGGGAAAUUGCCAGACUGCUUGAGUUGCAGUUUACAAGUAAUGAAGGAAUGAGUAAUGAUGCCCCAAUACAUGAGUGUGAAAGUGAGAUAGACCACUACACCCGGCACUACGUGCCCUACUCUUUACGAAAAGUAUGUGGGUUCUUUAACGUCCCACAGAUUUAUUACAUGUGCAAAGGCUUGUGAGACGGGGCCUAUGAUUUAUCGUCCUAAUCCGAGACGACUUUGGGCGGUCCUCCAAAAGAUUGUCAUCUCGAAGCUAGCCUUGUUCAAGAUUGUCGUUUGUAGCACUUGUGAACAGUCUAUCGUAUUUCCUCCCCUUCCUCUACGUCGGGAGAGAGAAAAUAAUUCUCACCGAAAACACCUGCGCGAGAGGCUAGGGGCAACCGUCAAGUUUUUAUGAUCCUAUACUGAUCCAAAAGGUGUUAUAUUUUUAGAUGGGACUGUGUCGUUGAGGCGGCGAGUAGGUGCCAAUGGCGUACGUCUCCCCAUGCUCAAUUGGACUCCUAUAUCAUCAAAAGCAGAUUCAAGCCUAUUCUUUCAGGUACGUCUUUUGAAGUAGAGUGGCAAUGCUAGAUUUAGCUAGACUUAUAAGUCUCGCUGUAAUGUUGUUGACAAAGGUAUUGAAAAGAAAUCAGAGCCAUUCUUCAUUCUUGACGAAAGUGCGAUGCCAUAACAAGUACAACUACAACCUGGCUUGUUAGCUCACUUGCAAAAGUUGCGUCUGUAGCUGCGAAAGUAGAGUUAAAGUCUUUUUACUUAACGUCAGCAGCUCGAAAUAGUCAUCACCUGACCAAACUAUAUGAGGCCACUCAUUUUAACCCCAUCUCUCUAUGCUCUGUUCUACCGGUAUUUAUAGCUACACGGAAAGGAAAGAAGACGAUACAAGCAAAGAUUUGAGAACACACCCGGGAAUCAGGAACUCGGGACCUCUCGCUUAGAAGGCCGCGUACGAGUUAACUGUGCCAAUUCUUGCUUCUAAAGCUGUCAUUUGCCCUGGGGAUGUUUGACUUCAUUAUACCUGAUUUUACUCUUUCAAUGAUUGUCUUUUCUUGGUAGGACAUCCGUGAUGAAGACCUCAUGGAAUUACUAGACUUUAGAGAUUUUGACAAGAAAUUUGAGUUGAGAGCUAACGAAGCUUCAGAAGAUCUGAUCGCAAAGAAAGAACAAGGCAAGUACUACGGCACUUAACGAGUAUUUAAUGUGUGCAGUGCGAUGAAUAUUCAUUGAAUUGCGCUUCUAGUUGAAAUACCGAGAGACAGGCUGCACACUGUCGGGGGUUGGGGUGGCAUUCUGAGUUUGGUACUGGUUAGCAGUCAAAUAUUCAAACCAAGCGACCAUGGAUAAAGUAGUUGCGUGAUCAGUCUGUGACAACACCUGCCUGGAGAAAAUUGGGACUUUUUCUCGCAAAAUGGAACGCCGCUUUUUGUGUGGUAGCAUCGCGGCCGCGGCUAAUGGUUAGCUACAGUGCAAACAAACAAACCUAAAAACGUAAAACCUAUCACUUCAUUUUUUAAGGUAAGCGCAGCUGUUUAGCUACCCUCUUUCUUUGCCGCUGGUGUUAAAUCACUAUUGCUCUUACGGGCAACUGAAAAGUUUUCCAUGGCUGUCAGUAAGAUUUCAAGUUGCCGGGUAAAUACAACAAGUAGGCGAGCAAUCAAACAGCUAGGGAUUUCUUUUGGUUCUCUUUUUCUUCUAUUUUCCGAUGAAAGUAGCCGGCGAAAUCCCCGGCACCCAGCUCCUAAUGACAGCCCUGGAAAAGAAUUUCCUCUCGGCUAUGAACAAUGUAUAAUUAACGGAUGUCUUGUUUUUCUAUCUUAGCCGUAAAGCGAGCCGCAGAACAAAUCACAGUUAUCGAACCAAAGAGGGCGAGAAAUCUUGGUAAGAAGCUUGCGUAGAAUAUGUUGGGCUUAUAUUUAAAUGGGAAGAGAACGGAGUAUACACGUAUUAUGAAGGAGUGGUUUGACUUACUGUUCACAGUCCCCUAUUUUUCCGUAAGAUCGUCAGGAUAGAGCACCUUCCUUUAAGCGGCCAUCUUGCUUUCAGAUGUACCGAGCCUAGCCUUGGGAUGAUAGCAAAUCUAUCGCCUUCCUACGCUACCCGCUCCCCCCCCCCCCCCACCGCUAUAAACCCCGUGGGCCUCGGCGCCCCCUCGGUACGUAUGGAACCAAAAUGGCCGCCCAUAACAGUAAUUAAGCACUCGAUAUGGAGAAUCUUACGAAAAAAUGCACAGCCAAACUAUACCGUCGUCUGAUAGUUAUAGGGCUGAUCAAACGGUCAAAACAUGUCAUGACAGGGACAAACGAGGAAUUAAGCUAUCAAUACGUAGUCAUUUUCAUUACAGACUUAGAAUUUGCAAUUACCCUCGUUUCUAAAAAGCCUGUAGCGAUACUCACGAGUACGUCAACUAUUGAUAUUAAUGUGCCAACCAGUGAAACGCGAAAUGGUUCUUCAAUGAAACAAAAAGAUUCUAUUGCUUCACUUGUUCACAAAUUUUCAUAACAAAAACGAUGUUUGGAAACAGUGAUGUCUCCUAUUGAUUUUACAAGUGCUUCGUUUUUUUGUCCCUCAGUGAUCGCCCGUCGCCGCAUCCAACACUCCACAGAAGCAAUAGGAUCACUGAUCGACCAGUGUGACUUGGUUGAACUACCACCAGAGCAUGCAGAGUUACUUCUUAAAUUUGUACCCACGAAGGAAGAGGUGAGUACAAAAUACGACACAGUUCCACAGAGAGAACGGUUUUUUUCAAGUUUUUAUAAAGACCAGUUGGCGAACAUCCAUUGACACUGCUGGAAACAGUGUCUAAAAACUAGGAAAAUUUCAAAGUUAAAGGUGAUACGUUGAAAACGAGCGAACAUGUUGCUACACAGAGUCGCGAAACUUUACAGACUCGCGCAUGCGUUCCUGCCUUGCGAGAGCGCGCGCUCUCAAUUUUUUGUCAUUUUCCCCAACUUGCACAGAAAAGCUUGCAGCGUAUGCUAACUACCCAUCGCCUUACUCUGUAAGGUUUCUGGAAAAUGUUUGUGUCAAUUUUUUUAACCAGUUUGUUUUUUUUGUGUGUGUGUGUCUCGUUUUUUUGAUAUGCGAAACUUGUGCUUUCAGCUUGCAGGUCUUGCUCAACACGCCCAUGAGUUUCAUAAGCUGGCUGAGGCCGAGCAGUUCUUAUUUGAGGUAAGGAGAAAAAAAGGUUACUUAAGGUGGUGUCUUUUUGUUUUGUCUGCAUAGUCUACACGUAAGUGCCCAUUGUAUUCCUUCGCCGGGGAGCGAAAAUAUCUUGUCUUCCUCGGGAUUCCUCACUUAUCCGUUCUUGACCACGAUGAAAUCAUUUCCAUAGGCAAAUAAAGAAAUCUAAAAAAUAGAAACAAGUAAUUUAUAAAAACGGAGGCGUCGUUUAUCAUUUGCUUGCACUCUCGAAAUUUGCUCGAAGGGCUUUUCCCUUUUAUACAACACAAAUAAACCACCCUAAUUCCCAGGUGUCAUUUUUUAUUUUCUUCACUUUAUUUAUUUUCAAACUGUAUUCUCCAUAUUGUCUUCUAGCUCAGAUGCCAGCACUUACUUUCAAAAUGAAACUCCUAGUCAAUUAAUUAUUCGCACGGAAUUUUGAAUUCUGUUCAAACGUGACGAGUUCAACAUCCAACUGAUCUUAGACUUAAACUCAGCAGAAACAAUUCAUUUGAUGUUAACUUGUUUGUGUACAGGGAAUGUUUAUCAAACAAAAGAGUCAAAUCGAGUUUUCUGACAGGACAACUUCCAAUGGGAUUUUAAAUUUUUCUGUCAUCAGAAGGGUAAUUAACUUGUUGGUAUAUUACGGUGUACAGACCAGUCUAUUUUAGACACUUAAGGGUACUUUUUCGCGGUUGUGUCAAUGGGGACACGACCGAGCGGGCAAAACUUGUCAAGUAAAGGUUACUCGAGCAUAAAACAACGGUCUUGCCCUCCAAAAACAGAUUGCCAAGGUGGAGAGAUAUGAGACUAAACUGAGUGUCAUGGCGUUCAUUGGUGUGUUCGAUGAAUUGAUGAGAACUGUCGUACCGGUAAGUUUGUUGUUUUUAUUUAAAGUAAUAAUAAUCAUUACGAGAAAACAAUCAAACAAACAGACAAGUAAGCUGUCGUAUAAACGAUAAUAUAUAGAUUUAGCCAAUGCUCUAGUAAAGGGGAAGCUCUCGAUAAUAAAUUUGUAUUUUACUUCAAACAAUAUACAUACUUGGCUACCAUUGCAAAGAAAUCCACUUAGGGUCGAAAACUAAUAACUCGUCGAUGGGUCGACACCUGAGCGCGCGAUACGGUCAUAUAAUACUGGUCAGCAGAUACCCUGUUUUAACAGCUAGACUACAGCUGUCAGUUGGCCACAAAAUGGAUGUGCAAUGUUAGGUUGCAGGCUUUUACCCUAGCUAGCUGGUGCGGACGGACAGACUUACAAUCACGUGUUUACAAAAUUUCUCGACUGGAUCGGGGAUAAACAUUUUACCCGUACUAUUUUCUAUACUGUACAGUUAUUUAUCAAAUUUUUCCAUGUCCCAAAGUGAUAGCAGUUGCGUAAGCUCCUGAAUAGGAUACCUUGAAGUAAACAGUGAUUGUUAAAAAAGGAAACGUUUCCAGAAAGACGGUGCAGAAUGCAUUAAACUGCGAAACUGAAUUUUCUGUUUGUUUUCAGCAAGUGGAUGCUGUGUUGCGAGCAUCGACAUCGAUUGUCAACAGUGCUAAACUUAAAAAGUUGUUCAAGGUAAAGAGUUUUUCCCAGAGCUACAAACUCAAACAAAUAUUCGCUAGAAUUCAUUUCAUGAAAAAGUCGCUUUAACUAAUCUUGCUGCUAGUCUGGGCCGGGUUGUUCAAAGCUGGGUUAAGAUAACCCUGGAUUGAAAAAGAAUAAGAAAAUUUUGAGAGAAAAUGCUUGUGAACGAAAGAAAGAAAAAGAAAACUGGAUUAAAAUUUUGGGCCCCAAGAAUUUGCUAGACAAGCCCCCUAUAAGAAAAGGGAAAAGGGGGCCCCUCCCCCCUUCCACACACAUGCCCCCGGACCCCCCUAGGAAGCUCGUGGCCUUCGGCCACUAGGGACUUCUCCCCCAAACGAUAAAUCCUAGAUAGAACCCUGACACAGACGAUGAUGCUGGAAGCGUGUGAGAAAACUGUUUUCCUUGGAAGCGGAAUCGAAACCACAGUUUUUAAAGAAAUACCAUGUCAACGUCACUCAUAUUUUGGUCGCCAUCAACGGGAAACAUCUUGCUACAUGUUAGUGCCUGAAAAAUAUUUAAAGCAAAACGGCACAUUCGCAACACUUUUCAAUGUUUGUUGGUUUUUAGUUAAUACUGAUAUAUGGGAACUACAUGAACAGCGGCAGAAGAGGGGUUGCCUAUGGAUUUAAACUGGAAUCUCUUAACAAGGUGAGAUAUUGAUUUAUUCAUACAUCAGGAUGUCUGAGGUCUUUGAUGGGGGAAAAUAUUUGUGAGUGACCACUCAAUUGAAAGCUAGCUACCAACCACUACUUUCUUGCGGUACUGUUUAGUACGCUGUACAAGGUGGCUCUAACUUUCGAGCUGUGGAUGACUGAAAUCCUAAAGUGUGACCAUUCUGAUGGAAGCUACUGAACAGUACAUCUUUCCUGUGUUACUGUUUUUGUUUUUACGGUUUUGACCGACUUGCCCCAAGCCUCUGUUUCAAAGUGAGGCUAAGUGUCAAUCCCUAGUUAAUCCAUUGAUAUGAAAAUGAUUUUUAAUUCUCAUGUAAAUAAACCUCAUCUUCACAAGAAAGGUUUUGCACUUAGCCAUUUUUGAAAAAAUUUCGCCAUUUUCACCGUUUUCGCUUUGAAAGUGGCCUUUUCUGCAAUGCGUCCAUUUACAUCAAUACUGUAAAGUUAACCAGUUGAUGCCACUGAUAGGUCAGUUGUUCUAAUUUGCAGUUGGAAGACACUCGUACGACAGACAGAAAACAAACGUUUCUUAGCUACAUUGUUAGCGUUGUACAGAAAAAGUUUCCUGAUCUUCAGGACUUCGCCGAGGAACUUUAUCUUGAUGGAGCAACUACAGGUGAAGAUCACUCCGAAUUUGUUUUAUCUCUACAAGAGAAAGUGUAUUUGUAAUAACUUUAAUUCUUUAAACCAUAUACUCUGAGACCUCCUUAAGCUAUCGACCUAAAGCAAUCGCCUGCCAUAAAAUACAUAGUUUAUAAGAGAUUGGAUUGUCUCUUACGAAGAACCAAUUUUUCAAGAAACAUACACUGAGUGUAUGUUUCGAGGCUCUUGUUUACUAAAGUUUUUGUAAAGAAGUCUUCACCAGUUGUUUAGGAUUUCAUUUUGCGCAAAAGUGUUCCAGUAUUCAAGAACUAUGUAAAAUUGAUGAAUCACAAUAGCACUCCCAUGACAAAAUAGUUUGAAAAGGACGAUUAGAGGGAAAAACUCUCGACUCUCUUUAAUUUCUCCGUUUGAAAGGUUUCAAAUUGUUUUGUGUUCCGAUGCAUGGCAUCGAUUGUAAACUAUAAAGCAAACGGUAGAUAUAACCUCAGUCGUCACCUUUAUAACGCUUUCAACGUGAGGGAACUGUAAUUACUUUCCUAUAGAUUUGCAUUAUAUUUUAAUUUUUGUCGGAUAGAGCGCAAACCGCAAACCAUAAUCACCAGUUUGUCAUUUGCCGAUAACUUGAUGUUUUGUUAGUUUGUUAGUUCUUUUCUACUAAUUAACUGUUUUUCUUCCCCAGUGUCCAUGCAAACACUGGCGGCUGACGUGCAGGGAUUGCGAAAGGGCCUGGACCUGACUAAGACUGAGAGAGACAAACAGCCAGACAACUUUAUUAUCUUUGUAUCCUUCUGUGACGUCACUGAACUUAGUACACCACUUGUACCUAGUACUGUGUGUCAAGUAUUUGUAUUUUCCAGUUUGCAUAACUUUCAUUCUGCCUUUCGCAUUUUGCAUUUUAUACUUUUCAGUCUGUUUUACAAUUUAGCCUUUGCCGGUUUUAUUUCUAUUUUGUAUGCGGUGUUAUUGAAAAAAGUCUUUUAAUCAGUGCAAGAUGUGUCUUCAACUAAGAGGUUCACUUUUUGGCGUGAAAAGAAACAAAAUUCAAAUCUGCUGGUAAAAAUAUCAUACAAACGUAAAACAAAUAGCACUGUGCCAGACUUAGCUGACUAUUGGGAACGCGUACUUACCCCAAAUUCCUUUUCAAGAUUGGCUUUGCUUCCUUGACACAAUGUUUCAUUCAGUCGUUCUACAACGCAGCAUUCAAGAAAGUCCAGCGUCUCACAGAGCGCUACCGUAAGAUGGAAGAAGUGUAUGCGCAGGUCUGUACGUUAUUCGCUGAAAACCCUCGAGUUGCCGAACCGUCGGAUUUCUUUAAAGCCUUCAUCGACUUCAUAGCUCUUUACAAGGUAUGUAAAAAAUAUUAGAUACUUUUGUCAAUGUUAUUAGUGAGGAAAACGUAUCUCGUAGAAACUCGCAAAGCUUGUAGGAAAGGCUCAACAGUUGCAAAUGAAGGGUAAAAUGCCAAGAAAGGCAAAAGAAUGACAAAAAUCUUUUGUCGAGACACACGCUGUGCUUAGGCCUUCCGCCCUUGAAGCGCAAAAAAUAAAUAACUAGAGGAAACAAAGAAAACCGUUUCAAAAUUAUAGUCCAUUUAACUCUCCUAGUUAGCAUGGUACUCACCUACACGAUUGCAGAAAAGACUUAGUUACGAGCACCAACAGACUAUUCACUUUAAGUUCUUUUUUCAACUUUUGACAUGCACAAUUAGCGAACUCCAUUGACGCUGUAUUAAGUAAACUGUUAAUAACUCCCACCUGUUAGAAUGAUAUGCCGAAAACGAGCGAAGAUAUAGCCCUACAAAACUGCGGAAUUUUAUAAACGUCUAUAUGGUAGGGAUGGUCCCUCGCGCCGUUUUUUUUCUUCUUCGGGGAGAGGAGACGGCGACACGUUAGUUGGGGGUGGGGGUGGGGGGUGGGGGAAACUUACUCUACCCCACCGUACAGACAUCUGUAAAAUUUUGCCGAAAUGCGGAGCCAUAUCUACGUCAUCUUUUAACAUGUUACUCUCAAACUUGGCAACGUUACUGAUUUUAAAGCGGUGUCGACGGAUGUUCGUCAACUGGUCCGUCAAAUGAAUAAAAGAAAAAAAAAACGUGAAACGGUUAAAUUCGGACUAUUGACAAGCCAGCCAUUCUUAAAUUUAAUUUUAUCCGGUAUUGUUUUUUCAUAGAAAGCUGAGAGGGAAUUGAAUGGAUAUAAACGUCAAAAUAGCAACGAAAACUCGCAAGCUCAUAAAAAAGUCGCCACCGCAGCAGCAAAUGAAGGUCAACGGAGAUCCGUGUACAACAAAAAUAAUCGGUUUUUGGUGACAUAAAGCAAGGUGUCGGUUUUAUCUAUAAAAUGCAUGAAUGGGGUGAUAGAUACUCGGUUUUAAUUUAAUUCAGCCUUGCCUCUCUUUUUUAGACUGGCUCAAUAUCUGAAGCCCCGUAAUAGCGUAAAGGAAAGCUGGGGCAUCACGCAUCCCCUUAUUUGUUUUGCUUAAAUGUCCCUUAUCCCCAUAAUUCGUAUGCUGUGUAUUCCUGCAUUUUUCGCAGUUGUUAUUACAGCUGUUAGCGAUUUUGACAGGGGAAAUGCUAAUUCUGUAUUAUUUAACCCUCAAAAUCAUUCUUUGCCUUUUUUAAAGAAAGGUUGCACCGCAGGCUCAACCGUCAUGCAAGCUUUUGAUACUGAUACUAUCAUUUUGUGUACCAUUAUCGGGGAAGGGGGUAGGGCACAAUAUUGUCGAGUUUAUAACAGUCUUUUUUACAUAUUGUCGCCUUUCAUACUGUUAUAAAUUUUACACUUUGUAAUAAUAUUUUUUUGUUUUCCAAAACCGAGAACUUUGAUGCUCAAUAUUUUGGAAGCUAACUAUUGUGUAGAUAUCCUGGACCUCAUUUAUAUUCCGUAUUCCUGUAGUAUUUUAGAUAAAUAUCCCGUAUCUCAAUAACUCCUACAAGGGCCAUUUUGCCAACCAAUCCGAAAUCAAAGUGACGUUCUCGCGAGUGUUUUCCCGCCACUAUCGCGGGCUACCCGUGUUGGCUUUACGUUCUGAUGGGUUGAUUGUGUCUUCUUUGCCUGGUUGGCCAGGUUUGGCCUUCGAAACUCACGUGAAAAUUCCUUUUUGAGCUGAGAACUCGGAGCAGUGUCUUUAGCUGUCUCUGAUCUCCAUUAUUUGAAAAUUGGAAGUAGCCAAUUAAAUAAAACCGAAGUAAAAGUUAAUUUAAAUUAGAAUUUUGAAAUGACAAUUAACUAAUUUAUACGAUAGAGAAGAUAUUUUGCACAAGUGACAGUAUUGUAAAUAAGGUAGUAUUUAUGUAUUGUUAAACCGAACGCAAGGCGGGCUAUUUGAAACUUGUUUACGUGUAACAUAUUUAAUAUUUUUAUUAUUCUUAAACAAACUUUUAGACAGAAGGAGUCACAAACUCUAAGGGUUUUUUACCCUGGUAUUGAAGAAGUAUACAGCUGGCAUUGUUUACAUUUUACCCAUUUGAACCAAAAUCACACAAAUCGAUUAUUAAACUCUCGCAAAAGAUUGAUAAAUUAACAGUUGAUUUAACCAAAACGGUUCGUUAUACAGUCGUUUUUCGGUGCGAUGCUGGUGUUUUAAAAAAUUCUAUUUUGUAACUUUACGCCAGAAGAACAUUUUAAAUCCACGUACUCGCGUACUUGUUUGAUUUUGUUAAGGAAAAUUUAUCGUUGCCAGUUGUUUUGAAAGCUAAAUUCCUCAAGUGAGGUGUUGAUGUCAUGCAGACUUUCCUACUACGGUAUAAAUUAUAACUUAUUUAAGACAUGCAGCUCAUUCUUAUAACUAAAAACGCUUUAUUUAAAGUAUGAAAUUGUCAUAUUUUGAACUAACAUUAGUAGAUUUUAGAUACUACUACUGUUGUCGCUAUCUUGUUUUUGUAGGUGCUUAUUGAAAAUUAAAGAUAACAUGAUUUCAAGCUUUUCUCUUUAAACGCUCUAAAUCCCGGCCUUGUGUGCAGGGCAAGUUGUCCUUUUGGUGAUAUAUUAAUCAGUCGUGGUGUUUUACAUACCGAGGUAAAAAUGGUCUCCCAUAAGGUUGCUACCCAGGAGUACUUGCCGCGUGCCAAGGGUCUUUUUCUCGGGAAAUUUAGGGCCUGUUUACAUUGAAGUGGGG